CAUGCUUAUGACAGGGACAUUCCAGGGAAUCCAUGAAUCUGACGUGUCCAGGGGUCUGGGGUCUUUUUAAACCCGGGCCUGUCCACAGUCCCUUUCCAACUUUAAUAAGAGACUCGACUCUCCACUACUGGGCAACGCAUAACCUGCCGCGAAGAUUCGUUUCUGAAAGAGAUUUUUUCCAGCGUGAAAGUGUCUAUUAAGAAGUAGUGACUACAUUUGUCAAGACACUGAAAAUUAAAAAACGGGGACUGGCUGCCUUGUAAACUGUAAAUCGGAUUAUUUCAUCCAUCAUUGUCGUGACAUAAGUGUCCUCUUAACAAGUGCAUCCGAAGUGUCUUUCGUUUUUUGUCAAUCCCUUCAAGGCUCUGAACUUUUCACUGCGGGGACGCGCUUGACACAGCUUUGUGAAACUACAGUGCAGUCAAUUUCGCACUUUGGUACUACAUCGGUAUAAAAAGGACAAGACAACCGCCAAGAUGACGAGCAACAACACACACUACGACGACCAGCUGCCGCCUCAGUACUACCAGGGCACCGAUUUCGGGGACGAAGAGGAGGACGAGAUGCCGGCCACAGAGAAAGACCUUGCAGAAGAUGCGCCAUGGAAGAAGAUCCAGCAGAACACCUUCACCAGGUGGUGCAACGAACACCUGAAGUGCGUCAACAAGAGCCUCACUGACCUCCAGAGAGACCUGAGCGACGGGCUCAAGCUGAUUUCUCUCCUGGAAGUUUUGAGCCAGAAGAAAAUGUACAGAAAGUAUCACAUCAGACCAAACUUCAGACAAAUGAAACUGGAAAAUGUUUCAGUGGCGCUGGAAUUUCUUGAUAGGGAACACAUCAAAUUGGUGUCGAUUGACAGCAAGGCCAUUGUGGAUGGGAAUCUGAAGCUGAUUCUGGGUCUGAUCUGGACUCUUAUCCUCCACUACUCCAUCUCUAUGCCCAUGUGGGACGACGAGGAUGACGAAGAUGCCAAGAAGCUAACCCCGAAGCAGAGACUCCUGGGAUGGAUCCAGAACAAAGUGCCCCAGCUUCCCAUCCACAACUUCAACAGGGACUGGAGGGAUGGCAAAGCCCUGGGAGCCCUGGUAGACAACUGUGCACCCGGUCUGUGUCCUGACUGGGAGACCUGGGACCCUAACAAGCCAGUGGAUAAUGCCAGAGAGGCCAUGCAACAGGCAGAUGACUGGCUGGGUGUUCCACAGGUGAUUGCUCCGGAGGAAAUUGUGGACCCCAAUGUAGAUGAGCAUUCAGUCAUGACCUAUCUGUCCCAGUUCCCCAAGUCCAAGCUCAAGCCCGGUGCCCCCACCAAGGCCAGGCAGCUGUUCCCCAAAAAUGCCAAAGCCUAUGGGCCAGGUAUUGAACCCCAUGGUAACAUGGUGCUCAAGCCUGCAGAGUUCACAGUGGAAACAGUUGAGGCUGGGCAGGGUGAUAUCAUUGUAUAUGUUGAAGAUCCAGAGGGCCAUACUGAGGAGGCUAAAGUUGUUGCCAACAAUGACCCAAAAAGGACAUACUCUGUGCGCUACGUGCCUAAGGUUGCUGGUCCUCACAAGGUUAAGGUGCUUUUCGCUGGUCAGAACAUCGAUAAAAGCCCCUUCAUGGUGAAUGUAGGAAAAGCCAUGGGCGACCCCAACAAAGUUCAGGCCCGAGGUCCAGGGCUGGAGCCCGCAGGCAAUGUGGCUGCCAAGCCAACCUACUUUGACAUUUAUACUGCAGGCGCUGGUGAGGGAGAUGUUGGGGUAGUCAUUGUUGACCCCCAGGGCCACAGGGACACAGUGGAGGUCAUGCUGGAGAACAGAGGUGACAAUGUGUUCCGCUGCACCUACAAGCCCAUGAUGGAGGGCCCCCACACCAUCCAUGUCACCUUCGCCGAGCAACCCAUCCCUAAGAGUCCCUUCCCAGUGCAGAUCUCCGAAGCUCCCCCGAGUGCCUCCGCUGCGGGGCCCGCGGUGCAGAUUCUCCCGCAGUCUGUGCGCACCCUGCCUGCGGAUCAGGCUAAGAAAGGUGCACCCAAAGCGCCACCGAAGCCUGGCCGACCGGCUAGCAACGCUAACGCCUGCAGGGCUACUGGCCGAGGCCUCCAGCCUAAGGGGGUUAGAGUGAAGGAGGUGGCUGACUUCAAGGUUUUCACCAAGGGAGCUGGAACUGGAGAGCUCCAGGUCACAGUGAAGGGUCCAAAUGGAGCAGAGAUACCUGUGAAAGUGCGUGAUGUUGGGGAUGGUGUGUACGAAUGUGACUACCAACCUUUACUGACUGGAAAAUACACAGUCACCAUUACCUGGGGAGGACAGCCCAUCCCACGCAGUCCAUUCGAGGUGGAGAUCAGUGUGGAAGCAGGCCAGCAGAAGGUGCGUGCCUGGGGUCCUGGCCUGGUGACUGGAAUGGUGGGCAAAUCAGCUGACUUUGUGGUGGAGGCUAUCGGCACCGAGGUUGGAACUCUAGGGUUCUCCAUUGAGGGUCCCUCCCAGGCUAAGAUUGACUGCGAUGACAAGGGGGACGGUUCCUGCGAUGUGCGUUACUGGCCCACUGAGGCCGGCGACUACGCUGUCCAUGUCAUCUGUGAUGACGAGGACAUCAAGGACAGCCCUUUCAUCGCUCACAUUCUCCCAGCCGCCAACGACGUCUUUCCCGAGAAGGUCAAAGCCUUUGGACCCGGUCUUGAACCCACUGGCUGCAUCAUCAACAAGCCUGCAGAAUUCACCAUUGACGCCCGCCAGGCUGGAAACGGCAAACUCAAGAUCUACGCCCAGGAUGCAGAGGGCUGUGUCAUCGACAUUCAGAUCACAGACAAGGGAGAUGGCACGUUCUUCUGCGUGUACAUCCCCACCAAACCCCUCAAACACACCAUCAUCAUCACAUGGGGCGACGUCAAUGUUCCCAACAGCCCCUUCAGGGUUCUGGUUGGUGAAGGAUGCCAUCCCGAGAAAGUCAAGGUGUAUGGACCAGGAGUGGAGAAGACUGGCCUGAAGGCCAAUGAGCCCACCUACUUCACUGUAGACUGCAGUGAAGCAGGCCAAGGUGAUAUCAGCAUUGGAAUCAAAUGUGCUCCUGGAGUGGUCGGUCCUGCUGAGGCAGACAUUGACUUUGACAUUAUUAAGAAUGACAAUGACACAUUCACCGUCAAAUACACACCCCCUGGAGCUGGGCGUUACACCAUCAUGGUCCUGUUCGCUGAACAGGAAAUACCCACCAGCCCCUACAAAGUCAAGGUGGACCCGUCUCAUGAUGCAGGCAAAGUUAGGGCAGAGGGCCCUGGACUCAAUAAGACAGGCGUUGAGGUGGGCACGCCAACUCAUUUCACCAUCUUCACCAAGGGCGCAGGAAAGGCCAAGCCCGAGGUUCUCUUCACGGCAGCCGUGAAAGGAGAGGCCGUGAAGGACUUUGAGAUCAUCGACAACCACGACUACUCGUACACCGUCAAGUACACUGCCCUUUAUCAGGGGACCCUGACCAUCUCUGUCACCCAUGGUGGAGACCCCGUUCCCAAGAGCCCUUUCAUCAUCACUGUGGCCCCUCCUCUGGAUACCAACAAGGUCAAAGUGCAAGGACUCAACGAGAGGGUCGAGGUCGGAAAGGAUCAGGAGUUCACUGUAAACACCAAAGGUGCUGGUGGCCAGGGGGAGGUCGGCGUGAAAAUAACGUCACCCUCUGGGCGACCAAUCCCAUGCAAGCUGGAAUCAGACAAGGCCAAUGAAGCGACCUCUGUGAAGUACAUCCCACCCGAGGAGGGCCCUUACAAGGUGGACAUUACCUAUGAUGGGAACCCAAUCCCAGGGAGCCCGUUUGCUGUGGAGGGGGUCAUGCCUGCAGACCCCUCAAAGGUGCGUGCUUAUGGCCCAGGAUUGCAGGGUGGCAUUGUGGGUCAACUGGCACCCUUUGGAAUCGACACCAAAGGCGCUGGUGCUGGCGGUCUUGGCUUGACCGUGGAGGGGCCCUGCGAGGCCAAGAUCGAAUGUCAGGACAACGGUGACGGCACCUGCUCUGUGUCCUACCUGCCCACCGAAGCUGGAGACUAUAAUAUCAACAUCCUCUUCGGUGAGGCCCACAUCCCUGGCUCGCCCUUCAAGGCUGUGGUGCGCCCUGCCCUGGACGCUGGCAAAGUUGUGGCCAGCGGGCCAGGCCUGGAGCGGGCAAAGGCUGGCGAAGCAGCCACCUUCACCGUGGACUGCACGCGGGCUGGCGAGGCCGAGCUGACCGUGGAGAUCGUUUCCGAGACCGGGGCCAUGGCAGAGGUGCGCAUCCAGAACAACAAGGACGGCACCUUCUCAGUCACCUACACCCCACCCUUCCAUGGAGUGCACACCAUCACCAUCAAAUACGGGGGCCAGAUGGUCCCCAAAUGCCCCAUCCGUGUCCAGGUGGAGCCAGCAGUGGAUACCACUGGGGUCACGGUCUACGGCCCAGGAGUGGAGGCCAGAGGUGUUCUCCGUGACGUGACCACACACUUCAUCGUGGACGCCCGGGCCCAGACCAAGAGCGGGGGAAACCACGUCAAAGCUCGUAUCAUGAACCCCUCGGGCAACAACACGGACGCCUACCUCACCGACAAAGGCGACGGGACCUACAGAGUGGAGUACACUGCAUACGAAGAGGGUAUCCAUCUGAUUGAAGUCCUGUACGAUGAUGUUCCCAUUCCCAAGAGCCCCUUCCGGGUGUCUGUGGUGGAGGGCUGUGACCCAACACGUGUGCGUGCCUACGGGCCCGGCCUGGAGAACGGCGUCACAAACAAAUCAAACGGCUUUACAGUGGAGACAAGAGGUGCUGGCACUGGUGGUUUGGGCCUGGCCAUUGAAGGACCAUCAGAGUCUAAGAUGUCCUGCAAAGACAACAAGGAUGGAAGCUGCAGCGUGGAGUACGUGCCCUUCACUCCUGGCGACUACGACGUCAACAUCACCUACGGAGGCCUGCCCAUCCCAGGCAGUCCAUUCCGCGUGCCGGUGAGGGACACAGUUGACCCCAGCAAGGUGAAGUGCUCUGGACCCGGACUGGGCCCUGUGGUGAGAGCUCACGUCCCACAGGACUUCACUGUGGACAGCAGACAGGCAGGACAGGCUCCCCUGGAUGUGAAGCUCUUUGGCCCAUCAGGGGCUACUGAACCUGUUAAAGUCAUGAACAAUGGCGAUGGAACUCACACAGUGAACUACACACCUGCCCAGCAAGGUCCCUAUGCAGUGUCUGUCAAAUAUGCUGACCAGGAGGUUCCACGCAGUCCAUUCAAGGUCAGCGCGGGCCCAGGGCACGAUGCCAGCAAAGUCCGUGCCAGUGGUCCUGGCCUGGACACCUCUGGGGUGGCCGCCAGCCUGCCGGUAGAAUUCACCAUCGAUGCCCGCGAUGCCGGGGAAGGGCUUCUCACCGUCCAGAUCCUGGAUCCUGAGGGCAAGCCUAAGAAGGCCAGCAUCCAGGACAACAUGGAUGGCACCUAUACUGUGUCCUAUCUGCCAGAUAUGAUUGGCCGCUACACUAUUACCAUCAAAUACGGUGGCGAUGAGAUUCCAUACUCCCCCUACAGCAUCCAGUCUCUGCCCACUGGCGAUGCCAGCCAGUGCCUUCUCACAGUGUCCAUUGGAGGACAUAGAGUCGCAAGCCUUGGGCCCAAAAUGCAGAUGGCUGAGGACACUGUCAUCACGGUGGACGCCAAGUCUGCGGGGAAGGGCAAGGUCACCUGCACAGUGCUGACUCCCAAUGGCAUGGAGGCAGACAUGGACGUGGUGGAGAACCCAGACGGCACCUUCGAUAUCUACUACACAGCGCCAGAGCCGGGCAAAUACGUCAUCACCAUCCGCUUCGGAGGGCAGCACAUUCCCAACAGCCCAUUCCAUGUCACUGCUACAAAGGAAGCCAUCCCUAGAGAAGACUUAGAAGGCAUGUUCCGCCCCCUCAACCUGGUCAUUCCCUUCACCGUGCAGCAGGGAAAGAUUACAGGUGAGGUGCGUAUGCCUUCUGGGAAGAAAGCAUGCCCUCAGAUCACAGACAACAAGGACGGCACCGUGACGGUGAAGUACGCUCCAACUGAGAAGGGCCUGCACGAGAUGGACAUUAAAUAUGAGGGCAACCACAUCCCAGGAAGUCCCCUGCAAUUCUAUGUGGACGCCAUGACCAUUGGUCAGGUGACAGCGUAUGGUCCCGGUCUGUGCCACGGCACUGUCAACAAGCCAGCCACCUUCACCGUGGUCACCAAGAACGCUGGAGAGGGUGGUCUUUCCUUGGCUGUGGAAGGACCUUCAAAGGCAGAGAUCACCUGCAAGGACAACAAAGAUGGAACAUGCACUGUGUCUUACUUGCCCACGGCGCCCGGUGACUAUAACAUCAUUGUGAAGUUUGACAACAAGCACAUUCCUGGCAGCCCCUUCACUGCCAAGAUCACAGGCGACGACUCCCUCAGGACGUCCCUGCUGAACGUCGGCACAGCAGCAGACGUCUCACUGAAGAUCGCAGAGACAGACUUGAGCUCUCUGACGGCCAGCAUCAGAGCACCUUCCGGCAAAGAGGAGCCCUGUCUACUGAAGAGACUGCCCAAUAGGCACAUCGGAAUCUCCUUCACUCCUAAGGAGGUGGGUGAGCACGUGGUUAGUGUCAUGAAGAGCGGAAAACACGUGACAAACAGCCCCUUCAAGAUCAUGGUGGGAGCAUCAGAGAUCGGCGACGCCAGCCGAGUCAAGGCUUUCGGCAAGGGCCUCGUGGAAGGCCACACUUUCGAGGUGACUGAGUUCUUUGUGGACACCAGGAAUGCAGGUUAUGGCGGCCUGGGGCUGUCUAUUGAGGGUCCGAGUAAAGUUGAUAUUAACUGUGAGGAUAUGGAGGAUGGAACAUGCAAGGUGUCCUACUGCCCUACUGAGCCAGGCAACUACAUCAUCAACAUCAAGUUUGCUGACAAGCACAUCCCAGGAAGUCCUUUCACAGUGAAGGUGACAGGAGAAGGGAGGAUGAAGGAGAGCAUCAUGAGAAAGAGGCAGGCUCCCUCUGUUGCACCUGUAGGCAGCACAUGCGACCUCAACCUUAAAAUCCCAGGAAACUGGUUCCAGAUGGUCUCCGCUCAGGAGCGCCUGACCCGCACCUUCACGCGCAGCAGCCACACGUCCUACACGCGCACGGAGCGCACGGAGAUCAGCAAGACGCGUGGCGGCGAGACCAAGCGGGAGGUGCGCGUGGAAGAGAGCACGCAGCUCGGGGCUGACCCCUUCCGGGAUGUCUUCGGAGACUUCCUGGGCAGGGAGAGGCUGGGCAGCUUCGGAAGCCUGACCACCAGAGCAGAAGGAGAAGCCGGGGUGCAGCCACUGACCGCUCAGGUGACCAGUCCUGGGGGAAAGACCGCAGAUGCGGAGAUUGUGGACGGAGGAGACAGCACCUACAGCGUGCGCUUCGUGCCCCAGGAGAUGGGCUCCCAUACUGUCCACGUGAAGUACAGGGGCCAGCACGUGCCCGGCAGCCCCUUCCAGUUCACGGUGGGGCCCCUGGGGGAGGGAGGGUCUCACAAGGUGCGGGCCGGUGGCACUGGAUUGGCCAGAGGAGUGGCUGGAGUCGCAUCUGAAUUUAGCGUGUGGACACGAGAGGCGGGUGCUGGAGGCCUUUCCAUCGCAGUGGAGGGGCCCAGCAAGGCUGAGAUCUCCUUUGAAGACAGGAAGGACGGCUCCUGUGGAGUUUCUUACAUUGUGCAGGAACCAGGUGAUUAUGAGGUGUCAAUCAAGUUCAACAAUGAGCACAUCCCUGACAGCCCCUUCAUCGUGCCGAUUGCCACGCUCUCUGACGACGCACGCCGACUCACUGUCACGAGCCUGCAAGAGAAGGACCUGAAGGUGAACCAGGAGGCCUCCUUUGCUGUGCAGAGGAACGGCGCACGGGGUGUCAUCGAUGCUAAAGUCCACACACCAUCCGGCCGAGCUGAGGAGUGUUUCGUCACAGAGUUGGACAGCGACAAGAAUCAAAUCAGCUUCAUUCCACGUGAGAAUGGCGUCCACUCCAUCAAUGUCAGGUUCAAUGGUAGCCACAUUCCUGGAAGUCCCUUCAACGUGCGUGUGGGGGAACCCGACCAAGCUGCAGACCCAGGGAGAGUGUCCGCCUUCGGCCCUGGGCUUCAGGGAGGCUGCACAGGUGUGCCCGCUGAGUUUGUGGUGAACAUCUGCAAUGCUGGAUCUGGGGCCCUGUCUGUCACCAUCGAUGGUCCCUCCAAGGCUAAGAUGGACUGUAUGGAAUGUGCAGAGGGCUACAAAAUCACCUACACCCCCAUGGCACCAGGAAACUAUCUGAUCUCCAUCAAAUACGGCGGACCACAGCAUAUUGUGGGCAGUCCUUUCAAGGCCAAAGUUACUGGUGUGCGUCUGUCGGGAGGCCACAGCCUGCAUGAAACCUCCACGGUCAUGGUGGAGACGGUCACCAAGACCUCCAAGAUGGCCGGCGCCUACAGCUCCCUGGCCAGCAGCGGCAGCGCCAAGCUCACAUCGGACGCCAAGAAAGUGGUCUGUCAAGGGCCCGGCCUCUCCAAAGCCCUGGUGGGCCAGAAGAACACAUUCAACGUGGACUGCAGCAAAGCAGGUACCAACAUGCUGAUGGUUGGCGUGCACGGCCCGAGGACUCCGUGCGAAGAGGUGUACGUGAAGCACGUGGGAAACCGCCUCUACAACGUCAACUACACAGUGAAGGAGAAUGGCAACUACAUGGUCAUCGUCAAGUGGGGAGAUGACACGGUUCCAGGGAGCCCCUUCCACGUGACCGUCCCCUGAACACGUCCCUCACCCCCACCCCAUCCCAUCCCUACAACCACCGCCAUCACCAUGACCCCAAAGUGCUACGCUGCUAUGCACACCUCUGUGGACUGAUACCCCAAUCCCUAAAUGCACUAAAAAAUGCAAAAAAAAAAUUACAAAGACUUUUUUUUCUCCGUUGUGGGGGAAAAAAUGAGAAUUUCACUUUUUUGUGCCAAAUAUUUUAUAUUAACUCUCUAUGCUGUUGAGGGGUACUUCCUCUGUAUCACAGCAGUGUUCACCCUCCCUUAAGCCACUUCCAAGUAAGACCAACCAGUUUUUCCUCUAUUUAGAUCAAUACCACACACCUUUAACAGUCAAAUCAAUCAUUGUAUUUUGCACGCUUUAUGAGAAUCAGUCUUGUUCAGUUGUGACAAGACACACACACUCUUACACUGUCAAACUGUCACAUUUGAUCAAUUGGUUUGGCAACAUCAUUGUACUGGAAAGAUGUCUCUGGCGACUAAUUGAGACACAUUUACAUACACAUUGUGAAUGACAAUAGUUCUCAACAUCAAGUGAGCAUCCUGCUUACUGUGUCUAUCCAAAUUGGGAGAACCUGGGAGGCCAGGGCUUAAUGUGUGAAUGUUAAACAGUAUUAGAGUGUGUUAUUGUAUGGUUUUAUAUGCUUUAUAAUAAGUUUGUUUUUGUUAUAUUAACCAAAUGUAAUGGUAAGUUCUUGCAGAUCUAAUAAAAAACUCAAUUGCCAA